AAAUGUUUAUUAUUUAAUAGCACAAAUACUGUCAUUUAAAUAAAAUAUUUAUGACAAAAAAGAUUUAUGAAAAUAAUGUGUUUGUGCAAUAAAUACGGUGACUAAUUUGUUUGGUUUUGGACAGUUACCACAAAAUCAAUUUGUAUUUAAUUUUUAAUUUCAUUGUAGCUUCUAAAAUUUCAAUUAUUAUACUUUCAUUCCCAGUUCAAAUAAAAGGUUUUAUGUCAUACUGAGCAUUAGUCAUUUAAUUUCAUAAACCAACUGCUGUACAUCGUACCUCAAGUUAAUAAUGUACCCACACGUCUGACUAUUAACGUAACAUUUUGUCUUUAUUUUAUCUGUAAGCGUUGCAAGUGCGUUCCUACAUCUAUCUUUAGUUUCAUUUAUCAUUUCAGCUGAAACCUACACACUCCAAAAUCACUUAACUGGCUUCUCGCUGAGAUAUACUCGUGAUAAUUUCUUCCUCCAUUGUCGUCACUCUUAAGAUGGAUUUCAAUGUCAUGCUGCAGAAAAUCUUGAAACCGACGUUAUAUAAGAUAAUGAUGACAAUUCAAAGCUGUAUAUGGUUGCACAUAAUAAAGGAACAAUAUCUGUCAGAUAAAUUCAUCCUUUUUAAAUUUCUGAGCAUUUAAUGAUAGACAUGAGGGUGUCAGUUUUUGUUGUUGUUGUUUAUUAAUCUGAUUUCUUUUGUAGUUUCAUGCAUCUCCAAUAAAAGACAUGCUUUGCGAUUAGGAGUUGUAGGAUGUGUCUGUCUGUGUGUGUGUGUGUGUGUGUGUGUGUGUGUUGUGCUGUUGGUCCGUCCCCCCCGGUCAUCCUAUAAGAGCACACUGGAGUAAGAACGUCAGUAGCUCUUUAGAGAGACCAUACCUUGAAAAAAAAGACAUGCCAUCAGACGGAAUGCCUACCUGUCAUGCCAGACGCCUUCAGAUGCUUAGAGAAUUCCUGAAGCAGGUGCCCAGCUGGCGAAGUGUGUGUGUCCUCUGUUCCCUGUUCUGCGUCCUGAUCCUGCCAGAUGCCGGCGAGGCUGCCAAAGCACGCUGUGGGCGAGAACUAGUUGCUGACCUGGAGUUUGUGUGUGGAGACCGUGGCUUUUACAGAGGCAAACCUGGAGCAGUCCGUAGUGGUGGCCCCCGCUCUCGUGGGAAAGGGAUCGUAGAGCAGUGUUGUGUGCGUGGCUGUGACCUCCAGCAUUUGGAGUCGUAUUGUGCCAAACCCAAAAGGCUGCAGCGUGACGUUCCUGCAUCUCUGCAGCAGACUCCAGAAGAUCAGUUUUGGUUGGUGUUUCAGCAGCGAUACCAGAAGCAUGCGGAGAUGAACAGAGAUGAGGACGCUGCUUCUCAAAGACUCAGAGAACGGACGCUUUACCGGUGGAACUCCAGAAAUUCAGUUUCACUAACCAACCAACCCUCCUCUACACAACAGCAACCUUCCACUGAGAGAGUGACAUCAGGAACAACAUUUCACCCCCACAUCCGAUAGUCCUGGCUCUUUUUUGACCUGUGUGGACCCUAUGAAUCACCUUCCUUCACUAAUAAAAGACACUUCUGUCCUGGCAGAUGUAUAAACAGCAAUAUGUAAGAGAAACUAGAGGACAGGAUGCCUAAGAUGCCAUAAAAUAGUGAAGAGCAGGGUGAACCUGAACUGUCACGGGCUGUACUAGUUUCAUUAAGCAAAUGCUGAACACAAGCUGAAUUGUAUUUUUCCAUUCAGUUUUGUUUUCAGCUUCGCUCUGUCUUUGGGUAAACGAGUUCAAACCAAGUUAAAGUUGAAUGUGUUUGUAUGAUGGCUGAGGUAAAUCAUUUUGAAUGUAAAUGUGACUUUUUUAUGAAAGAUUACUGAUGUUAGUGAAUAUAUUUUAUGUUUAAUUUAUGUUCUGUAAGAUUAGUUUUCUGGUACUUGUAAAAUAUGUAUCUAAAGCAGAUUUGUAAAGAAUUUUAAAUAAAAGAAAACCGUGAGGUUACCAUGCUGUUAAUUUUCUUUCUAUUGCCCAUCAUAUUCUGACAUACUCAGAUCAGCUCUAUUUAAAACGAUUAAUAAAGACAGAUUCCUGAUCUUCUAGUGAG